AUGAUGGAGAAGUUUUUCUCCUUUAUGUCCUUCUAUGAGCAACAGCAAGCGGCACCUGCGCAGUCAAACAACAGCGACAACAACAACGGAGUUACUCCCAUGAGCCUUGAUGGCUCUUCCUUUGCGCGCAAAAAUCGGCAACCCACCUUCGCGCCAUACGAGCCCCAACGGUGCUCUGCCUUGGACCCCAGUGACAUGGACCUGCACGAAGAACGACAAAAGAAAAGAGCAUCAGCACUAGAAUUCGCCUUCCACACUCAGAGGCGCUACAACAAUAACAACAACAACAACAACAACAACAACAACAACAACAACAACAACAACAACAACAACAACAACAACAACAACAACAACAACAACAACAACAACAACAACAACAACAACAACAACAACAACAACAACAACAACAACAACAACAACAGACAUCACGAACAUCAAGCACAGAAAUACAUGUCCAAGGUUUUGAUUGCAGAAGGGCUCGGCCACAACUUACUCAGCGUAAGCCAACUCAUGGCCAAGGGAACCCACCUCGAAGCCGACAGCACCACUCAAGAAUUCAAUUUGUACCACAGGAAAGGUGGACUCUACAUCGGAAAGUAG